AAUUGUCAUUUAUCGCGAUCCGACUCCGUAGUGUUAGUAUAAAACAAUCAUGUGUUAAAUGUAAUCACAACAAAUUGUGAGAAUAGCGCCGCCAUAAUUUCACAUAACCUUUAACGAUGUGUGGCAAAGGGCAAGAAGACUCAUCACUGAGAGCUUCAAGAUAAAUUCCGGCAACAACGCCACAAAACGUAAACAGGACGAGGCUGUAACGAAAAACUACAGAUUAAAAAUGAAUCCCCAUUCCCUGGACUUCAAGAAGUCACCGUUGUCACCGAUCAAUACUCCGAAGAGACGGAUCCUUGGACAGAUUCAGAGUUCACCGCUUCUUAAACCCAAAGACUCUCCUACGAUUGAGAGGCUGAAGAAAACGCCGAUACAAUCACCCAGACCGGAUAGAUCACCGCUGACGAGUAGAUUCAAUAGAUCCAAUAAAAUAACUAGGAUAUUUGAGGAAAGGUCUAAGUUCAAGAUGUCCAAUAAAGAAAAUUUUAGCGAGACCUUCAUCAAAAUUGAUGUGGAGGAAGAAACGAGGUGUUCCUUUGAGAACUUCCCGUCCUGCUCGACGACCAUGUCACAUUGGUCGAUGGCCAAGCUGGAUUUCACGGAUGCUCUGCAAAACGAGUUUGAUACACCACAAAAAGAGAGUAUAUAUGUGCCAGAGAAAGAAGUUGAUUUGGACACCGAUUUAGACACCUUACAUGACCUGGAGGAGGAAUUUGAUUCCCAGAACUUCGACACCUGCACGAAAUAUGAGAUAAUAUCUACAGAGAGCCCAGAUAUCAUAUCAAACGGACGGAGGAAUACUAGGAAGAUCACAUCAAGAAACUUCUGCUUCGGUGCACCUCUCUCAGACAACGAGCAAUCCACAUCAUUCAACAGACCAAACGAGAAAGCAACGAGAAUGCUCAACUUUGAGGACGAGAGCUUCGAAUUUACGUCACCAGCGGCCAAGAGGUCCAACAUGUCCGUCAAGAAAUCGUUGAAAUUCAACGAAACACCAACAAAAAAUUUAUUAAGACAUGAGAAAAGUGAUUCGAGCAUCGGGUCUAUGUCAUCUCCUGUAUCCACUAAGUUGAGGAUAUACCCAUCAGAAUCCACUACAUCCAUGGAGAGUGGAUUCAUAUCGGAGUUAGAGGAACCUUUCCUGGAUAUGGAUGAGAUAUCAAACUCACCCAAGAUGGCAAAUUUCAACGAGCUAUUAUCCGGAACGAUCAAAGAGAGCUUCCAAGUCGAAGAAUUCAGUUUACGGAGACCGCUACAGAGAAGUUUGAGUUUCAAUCCAUCUAACAAAGCCAAGGUUUCCCUCUUUUCCAUCGCUGAGAGUCCCAAGAAGAAUAACAAGAGGUGCGAGAGGAGAGAAGAAGAGAAUGUGUGUAACAAGAGGAGAAAAUCUAAUUGUGCUGAUCCAGAAGAGAAGAUUCAACGGCCCGUGUUACAGAGAGCUUUCUCGGAGAACAAUGCAUCCAUCAUGUCAGCGUUGGCCCGAUCUGUGGUUGAUCCAGAUUUAAUCGGAGACUUCUCCCAGCCCUUUGCGUUGCCACUCACAAGCGGCGACCACACUGACCUCAAAUCCGUUUCCUGUGAAACACUGGCAGCUCUGCUGAGAGGAGAAUAUGAUGACAGCAUCGGAGAAUUCAAGGUAAUAGACUGCCGUUACCCAUAUGAGUACGAAGGAGGUCACAUCCUUGGAGCCCUGAACCUAUACACCCAGGAACAGAUCCUGUCACUCAUCAACGAGCCGUUGAAAGCCAAAGGCACCAAACGGAACAUACUGGUGUUCCACUGUGAAUUCUCCUUGGAGAGAGGACCCAAGUUAUCCAGGUUUCUGCGUUCAUCAGACAGAGCUAAGAACAAGGAACACUACCCCUCGCUGGACUAUCCCGAGGUAUAUUUACUUCAUGAGGGCUACAGAGCCUUCUACCAACGUUUCCCGGACAUGUGCUCGCCGGCCGGAUACACCGCCAUGUUGGAUCCGCAGCACAGGCAUCUGUUGAGGAAGCACAGAUCCAUACAACCAUCCACAUCGGGCCACAGGCGGAAUCGUCUGCUACUAUAAUGUGCAAUGACGUCACGGUCUACUUAGACGGCCAUGGUCUACUCUACCAUGGCUUAUUUGAGAGAGCGUCUAUUAAAAGACGCUGGUCUAUUGGAAAGACCGUGGUCUACUCGAAAGACCGACGCUUAAUCUAUAUAAAUAUGUCCAUAUACCCUUCUCUAAACGGUCCACUGGACUAAUUUAUGAAUAAUGAAGAGAAAAACACCUGAAUUACUGAAAAAAAUAUUAAUAUAAGGAUGUAAAUAAUGAUGCCAUAUUAAAUAAUAAUAAAAAUCUAGGUACAAAAUAUUAUAAGAUGAAUCCCACCUGUAGGUUAAUGUAGGUUAGACCUCGAGACCUGGAAAUACAGACGUUCCAGGUCAACGGAAACCAUGUGCCGUAAGAAUUAACAAAGAUACUAUGUAAAUACUAAUAUUAUGACGGCGGAAGUAAAAACGUGACUUGUGCUGAGGACGAAAAAGAAAAUACAAAAAAAAAAUAACUUAACACGCGCCCGAAAUAGAUGAUAGGAAGUAUUUCUUUUUUAAGGUUUUAUUGAAAAAAAAAUUUUUUUUUUUAACAAAAAUAUAAGGCAAUAUCGAUACGCUUAAGAGGAUUUAUUUUUAUUAUUAUUAUUAUUAUUAUUUAAUUAAAAUUAUGACUUAGUAUUCUAUUUCCCUGUACAGUGUAAAUACCCCGACGCCGCUCGUAUUUGUUUUCCACUGUCCCACUUCGGAGACGUACGCUUAUUAGGUGAUUGUUAAGGUAAAGAUGGACUUGAUAAAAUUCCCCGGAGUUGAGAAAUUUAUUUGUCAGUUUUUUUUUGUUCCCCGGAAAAAUCUCUAUAAUAUAUAAUUACGUUAACAGAUAGAUUAGGAGUAAGUUGGAAAUUAAUAAAUUAUCUGAAAAUAA